AAAAAGAUGGAUGGAAUUGAGAUUUCUACACAUUUCCUUUGUCCAAUUUCUCUUCAGCCCAUGAGAGAUCCUGUUACCAUCUCAACAGGAAUAACAUACGAUCGAGAUAGUAUAGAGCAAUGGCUAUUUUCAUGCAAGAAUAAGGCGUGUCCGGUUACCAAACAAGCCUUGCAAGAUGCUCAUCUUACUCCAAAUCACACUCUCCGUCGGUUGAUCCAAGCGUGGUGCACUCUGAAUGCUUCCCAUGGAAUCGAAAGAAUCCCAACACCUAAGUCUCCUGUUGAAAAAACCCAGAUCGCCAAGCUCAUUAAGGAAGCCAGAAAGCUGCCUGAGAUGCGACUCAAGUGCCUUGCAACCCUCAGAUCAAUCAUGCUGGGAGGUGAAAGGAACAGAAGCUGCCUGGAAACGUCUGGCGCUGUUGAAUUCUUGGUAUCGAUCGUCAACAGCUGUGAUUGUUCGUUGCUUGAAGUGGAGAGCGAAGAAGGGCCGGGUUUUAUAACUGCUAGCGACGAAGCAUUGAAUAUUCUUUACCAUAUCAAGGUCUCCGGAAGCAGUCUAAAGAGUAUUAUUAGCAAAGAUCUGGCAUUUGUAGAGUCUCUAUCGCGAGUACUGGAAAAUGGUAUACACAAAUCUCGAGAAUACGCGGCGGUGAUAUUGAAAGAUAUUUUCCAAGUGGCUGAUCCGAUCCAAUUGAUCAACGUUUCAUCCGAAUUCAUUUCGCAACUCGUACGAGCUUUGAGUGAUGACAUGUCGCAGCAAGCCAAAAAGACCACUUUGAAACUCCUCGCAGAGCUUUGUCCGUGGGGAAGGAACAAGAUCAAGGCCGUCGAAGGCUGUGCAGUGUUCGUGUUGAUUGAGCUUCUUCUCGGGACCUCGGAAGGGAGAACAUCGGAGCUGGCUUUGUUCGUGUUGUGUCAUCUUUGUGGUUGUGCCGAAGGGAGAGCCGAGCUUUUGAAGCACGGAGCAGGGCUAGCCAUAGUGUCGAAGAAAAUAUUUACGGUUUCACAUGCGGCAAGUGUGACGGCAGUGAGGAUUAUAUCCUCGAUUUCUAAGUUCUCGGCAACGUGUAGGGUUCUUCAAGAGAUGUUGCAAGUUGGAGUGGUGAAGGAGCUGAUAAUGGUGGUUCAACUUGAUUGCAAUAACAAGAGCAAGGAGAAAGCAAGUGAGAUAUUGAGAUUGCACUCUAGGGUUUGGAGGAACCCUUCUUGUUUACCUUCUCAUUUGUUGUCUUCUUAUCCAUCUUGAGAUUUAUGCCCCUUUUUACAUGGAUAAGACGAUGGAGGCUGUUGAUGUUCAAACAAGAUGAGAUUCAUCCCUGCGUGUCUCCGGCGGUGACCUUAGCAAAUCGCUUCUGCCCUUUCCAUUUGUUGCUGUGGUUAUUUGA